UUUGGCAAUAUAUUUUAUUGUUUGUUGUAGCGCCAUCUAGGUUCAGAACCGGUGCGUGUUGUUGUGUUGACCAAAAUUUGUGAUUUAUAAAAUGACCGACCAAAUCAGAGAAGAUGACGAAAGACUUUUCAACACCGACAUUGACAGUGCUCAAAAUGGAGGAGACAAUUCUAUUAUGGAUGAUGAAGAAGCUGAUUUAGAGUUAAUUAAAGCACGAGUCAAAGACAUGGAAGAAGAAGCUGAAAAACUUAAACAAAUACAAAAUGAAGCUGAAACAAUGUCUCAACUUCCAUCAACUGGAAACUUGACUUUAGAAGAAAAGAUGGAAAUUGAUUCAAGGUCCAUUUAUGUGGGCAAUGUGGAUUAUGGUGCUACCCGUGAAGAAUUAGAACAGCAUUUUCAUGGAUGUGGGUCUAUCAACAAAGUCACUAUCUUGUGUGAUAAAUACAGUGGCCAUCCUAAAGGAUUUGCUUACAUUGAAUUUGCCGACAAAGAUUCAGUAUCUACUUCAGUUGCAUUGGACGAGUCUUUAUUUCGUGGAAGACAAAUAAAGAUUUUACCAAAACGUACUAAUCGCCCUGGUAUUAGUACAACCAACAGACCUCCUAGAGGAAGGUUUCGUAGAUCACCGAGGCCUUCAUAUUUUGGUGGACGCAGACCUAUGAGAAGAUCAUUUAGGAGACGUAGUGCUUUUUAUCCAUACUAAAUUCAUUCCAUUAAUGUUACUAAACUAUUCUUUCAUCAUAAGAUGAUGAAAAUUUCCACUGAGCAACAUCACUUGCCUUGCAAAUCAAUUCUACUGAGUUCAUCUAUCAUACAACAGCAGUUUAUAUUUUUCAGUCUCUUCCAACAAAAUUUAAAUUUUUUUUUUCUUGAAAUCAGAAUUGCACUGCAAAAAUUUGGACCAUUUGUCGAAGCUUAAUUUACGUUUCUGAACAUUGUAACAUUUAUUGUAUCAAUCAGCUACCAAUACAUUACCAAAAGGUACAUGGUAAAUUUUCUGUUGAAAUUCAAUCCAGAUUCUAGUUCUGCAUUGAAUUUCAUGUCUCAUUCAAUCUUCGAGAGUGAAACUUUUAUCAAAUUAUUUUAAAAUUGUAUAUAAUUAUGUGCAUUGUGUAAUUAUCAUUUUUUUUUAAAGAUGUAAAUUGAUGCUUUUUAGCUAGUAUAAAUUUACAUUUGGUUUUUAAGUAAUCUCUUAGUUUUUUUCU